AUGGCGAGCCAGCAAGUUCCGCAGGUCCCACAUAGUGGACAGGCACAAGCUGAGAGAGAGCCGAAGCAGCAGGAGGGCGUGUCAUGGGCUGAGCGUGUGAAGGGAACCAUGGAGAAGGGCUCCACGGAGGAAAGGCCCACUGAGCGUAAGAGCACGGCUGAAACAAGCGAGAGAAAGAGCGUGGAGGAAGAGAGGGCUAAGCAGGCUAAAGAGCAUCAGGCAGUAGCUUCAGCGAAGCGAGCUGGAGAGCAUCAGGCAGCCGCUUCAAUCAAGCGUGAGGAGGCUAAAAAGGAGGCACAGCAGGCGGGUAGCCAGGUGACAGAGACCACCAAGAAGGCAGGCGAGGCAACCGCGGAGAAGGGACGUCAGUUGACGGAGAAGGCCAAGGAAGGACUCAUGUCAGGGACAGAGACGGUGACUAAGAAGACUGAGGAGCUGACGGAAAGGGCGAAGGAGAGUUUGGGAGAAACUGCAGAGAUUCUCAAGUCCAGCUUUGGUAAGGGGCAGGAGGAGGUUCAGGAGGGAGAGACGGCUAUAAGUAAGGGAGUGGAUGUGAAGGGGAAGGAAGAGGCUGCUGCUGUUUUAGAAGCGUCUUCAAAGCGGUUGGGUCAGGUGGCAGAGGUUUUGAAGGAAAAGGGUCUGGAAGCUGAACAUGUGGUGGAGGGGGCAGCCAGCAAGAUUUACUCUGACAUUCAGCAUGCUAUGGAAAAACUCUCGUUUGUUGGGGGAGAAAAGAAGACUGGUGGUGAUAUUGAAGUGAAGGGAUCGGAGGAGACUGGUGAGGGAGUGAAGGCAGCAGCAGCAGACGUGCACGAAGCAGUGAAGACCACUCAGGGUGUUACACAGACUGUUGUGGUCGGUGCUGCUGAGGUGCUUAUUGCUGCUGGAGAUGCUGUAACCGAUGCUGCUAAGUCACUGGUGCAGCCAUAUGAGAAAGGAACGGCUACAUCUGCAGAAACGUCCAUCCCCACAGCCACAGCCACCACUACGAAGACGGAGGAGGAACACAAGGAGAGUGGUGCAGGUUCAUAG